AUGGCAAGUACAAGCAAGAACCAUGCCUUGAUGGAGUCGGUCAAGUCCUACAAACAUGUACCCUGGUGUGACGACUACGAGAAAAUGAUUUCUGGCAUGCUGUACGACUCUUGUGUCCCCGAGCUGAUGAACGGGCGCUUUCGAGCUCGGAAGCUCAUGGACAAAUACAACAAGUACUUUCCCGAAGAUGCCACCUUCGAAUCACUGGCCAAGGACAGGGAGGUUAUGCUGAAGGAAUUGAUGGGAAGCGUGGGCACGGAUGUCUUCAUGGAGCCGCCCGUCUAUGUGGACUAUGGAUGCAAUAUCUCCAUUGGGGAGAGAUUCUACGCGAAUUUCAAUACCGUCAUACUCGACUGCGGCAUUGUCACCAUCGGCGACCGUGUUAUGUUCGGUCCCUUCGUCAGCAUCUUCGCCGCCACGCACGAGACAGAAGUCCAGUCGCGGCGGGACAACAUCGAAUACGCGCGCCAAGUGAAGAUCGGCGACGAUUGCUGGGUUGGUGGGCAUGUAACCAUCCUGCCAGGAGUGACGAUUGGCCAAGGCUGCACAAUAGGGUCAAAUUCCAUCGUGACCAAGGACGUGCCGGAGUGGAGUGUAGCAAUGGGUUCACCAGCCAAGGUGGUGAAGAAAGUGACGCCUGUCCCGCGGAUCGACAAACCCGAAGGAGAUGAGAGAUCGAAAUACUUUCCUCGAAACAGAUAUAUCUCCCGACUCCAAGCUUCCGGAGGCGGUUUCAAUAGGGCCAAAAUUGAUCAUGACGAAGAAAGCUACAGGCGGCCCACCUCCGUCACAACGCCCCAGGAGCCAGUGUGUAUUGCGCACGAGGCUGGAUUACUCAGGGCACUUUUUCGGAAAUUCUGCUCAUGUUCGAUCAUCGUGAUCCUUGAUGGUGUACUUCAAGCAAAUGCCUAUGCAACAAUUUCUUCCUCAACAUUGAGCAGUUUCGUGACGCCUUCUCAGCUUCAAGAUGACGAAUCAUAUACUCCUGCAGAGAACGAGCAACGAAGACACGCGAUACCCAUCAUCAUCAUCGUCGUCGUCGUCAUCAUCAUGACCGACACCAAAAGUCGGCAAGAGGAAGAAGAAGAAUUACCAAUUCACCAGAGCCUCGUCCUAUACUUCACCAGCCGAGAAAUGGUACCUGACGGUUCAGGUGUGCUGAAGCCUAUGAUGGUGCGGAAGGCUUGCAUCGAAGGCAACUGCCGUGCGCACGAUCUCGAGAUGAUACUCGAUAUCCUCGAGGAAGAAAGGCGCCCUCCGGAUACACGUCCGGACGACGACUCCGAGAAGAGAGAUGAUCAUCUUCGGUUGGCGAUGUUCCGAGAUGCCGUCGACCUGCACAUGCCGCUGCAUCGGGCGAGUUUUCAGCCUCAAGCGGAUGAUGCCUUCACUGAUGAAGAGAAAAAGAGGUUUCCGUGGAUCAUCGACGGUACCGGCAGCUGA